GUUGAAAAGGGUUCUCCUCGGUACUGUGAGUAUAUAUAUAGUUUGAGCAACUUCGCCCCACCUGCCAGAACCACUCGAGACUUCCCAACAACAUGAAGUUCAUAAUAAUCAUUACAUCUUUAAUCGCCGUGGGCUUGGGCGCCCCCGACUACGAAGGACCAAGGUCGAGCAGCAUCUCGUCCAGCGAGGAGGUUGCUAUCCUCAAGGACGAGCGGGACCACGGAGACGAUGGGAGAUACACUGUCAACGUCGAGACUGAAAACGGCAUCGUCCUCGCUGACUCGGGCUCUCCUCAAGGACCCGAGGGUGCUGUCGUGGCUGCUGGAUCUUUCUCAUACACUGCUCCUGACGGUACACCAGUUAAUCUGAAGUACGUGGCCGACGAGAACGGCUUCCAGCCACAGUCCGACAUUCUGCCAGUGGCUCCCGAAUUCCCGCACCCAAUUCCCCAGUUCGUCCUCGACCAGAUCGCCUUCGCCGCUGAGGAAGACUCUCGUGAGAGGUCGUCUGCCCCGUCAGGUUCUUAUGCAGCCCCAAGCAAAUAAAUGCUUCUCCACGACAGAAAUAGAACGUUUGCAUAACGUUUAAAAGACUGGCGGGCGAUAUUAGCAAGGAGUCUAUUUAAAUGUAUUUAUUGUGUGCUUAUAAAGAUAAUCAGAAUAAACUGUUUACGACAA